AUGGACCGCAAGCUCUUGGUGGUGACAAUCGUGCUGGCCUGCGUGGCGUCAUGCCUCGCGCGGCCCAAGUGGGGCGACGCCCCACGCCACGGGGAGGUCGGGCAGGGCCUCGGGCAGGGCCAGGGGCAGGGCCCCCAGCGAGGCAGUGGAAGCCACGGCCUGACCUGGACCGCCUGGACCAGUGACGACAGCAAGAGCGGCAGCAGCUGGAACAGCGGAAGCAACCACAACAGCAACGACCCCUGGAACAGCGACAGCUCCUACGGCCACACCAACGCCUGGAACAGCGGCAGCAACCAGAACAGCGGCAACCACCAUGGGCAGACCAACGGCAACACCAACGCCUGGAACAGCGGCAGCCACCAUGGGCAGACCAACGCUAACGCCUGGAACAGCGACAGCAACCAGAACAGCGGCAACCACCAAGGCCAGACCAACGCCAACGCCUGGAACAGCGGCAGCCCCUAUGGCCAGAACGGUGGUAGCACCAACGCCUGGAACAGCCACGGCAACCAGAACAGCGGCAGCUCGUUCAGCAAGAACGGUGCCAGCAGCCAGGGCAGCACCAACGCCUGGAACAGCGGCGUGAACCAGGGGCACAACAGCGGCAGCACCUUGGACAGCAGCCGUCACCACUACGACGACCAGGACCAGGUCGACCAGGUCGGCGGGGACAGCACUUGGGACAGCAGCUCAGGAAGCGGGCGCAACAGGUGGUCGGCUCGCAGCCAGCCGGCUAGCCAGGCCCGCCAGGUCGGCGUCGUCGUCGGCCGCAGCACCGGCGGCAGCUCUGCCGCCAGCACCCACGGCCAGGACGCCGACAGCUACGGCCAGGAGAGCCAGUGGCAGUGGAGCGACGGCAGUGCCGGCAGCACAGCCCAGCAACAGCAGCACCCCGCCGGACGCCCCCGACAGGGCGCCGCCGUCGCAUCCCCUCGCCCAGACCGUCACCACGACCAGGAGGACGACUUCUACGGCCGCCGCGAGUACUAA